AUGUCGGGCUUUGGUGCGCCAGGUGGCGGCGCAGUCAACUACAAACCAACACCUCCAGAGCGCGGUUCCUUCCCCCUUGAUCACGAUGCGGAAUGUAAGCACGUCAUCUCCUCAUAUCUACGAUGUUUGAGAAGGCAAAACCCUCCCGGCAGGAACAAUGAAGAGUGCAGGCUACUGGCAAAGGAAUAUCUUGGGUGCCGAAUGGAGAAGGGUCUCAUGGCCAAAGACGAGUGGUCAAACUUGGGAUUGGAUUUUGGAAAGACUGCGGUUGGAGGUACCGACACUGCGGGCCCUGCUGUUGACGAUAGCAAGAAGAGUUGA